AUGAAUCCUUUUGAAUCUGUUAAGAGCGGGUAUGUGGAUACAACAGUUCUGUCGUAUUUCUCGCUUGUGCAAAAAAAAGACAUAAACACACGCUGCAAAGCACUGGCACGCAUUGUUAAUGAUCUGGAUAAAUUACCCAUUGACUCUGUCGCGCAGUGCUUAUACGACACAAUGCCUAUACUCUGCAAGAACGCGCAAGAGCCAGUGCCAACUCAUGUUUCUGAGAUUCUUUUAUCUGUUAUAAAGAAGAGUUCUCUUGAGAUACGAAGAAGCAGCAUGUGCCAGUGGAUGCACAUGUUUCUUUCUUCGCCAAAUAAGGCCGGGUACAAAGUAGUAAAGAUUCUUAGCAAGAACCAGGAGCUGGAGCCGCUUCUGACUAUAUAUAAUAAAACAGCAACUGUUGAAAUGUACAUAAAAAGCAAGAUUAUUGAAAGUGCAUCAGAGAAGACAGUUGAUAUAUGCCCAGAGACAAUUAAAAAAGCAAAAACCGCUCAGGAGUUGUGCAUACUUGCUAAGCUAGUAAAAUCCCUUGAAGAAAGAGGACAGAUGUGUGCUGAAAUAAAAGAGGCGGUGCUUGAUACUGUCACUGCAUCCAAAAAUAUAUCAGAUAAAUGGAAGGUGUUUGCUGCUAUCCAGGAUGGGUAUACGGUAGAGGAGCUGAUAAAAGACAGUGCAAAAGUAGAAGACAGCACAUUUUUAUCUAUUGUUAGCGCUGAGAAAUUUAGAAAGCUGGCUGAAGAAUAUGGCAGUGUUGUUUUUGUGCAGAACUGCGAGCACCUGCCUGGAAUUCUUUUCUCCGUGCUGUUAGACAUAACAAAUGACAGAAAACUUGUUCUUAAAAAGUUGCUGCAGGGAAACACUGCAGGAUUUGAGCACAUAAAGGUAGAGAAAGAAGACUUCCCGUAUGUGAACACAAUUGGCUGCUACAACAGAGUAAAUGAGGUGCUACAAGCACACCCUAUACGGGAUGUGCGAGUGUAUGGCGAGCUUACAUUUAAAGAAAGGAUUAUUCGGGCAGAUUUACUUGGUGACAAAAUAGAAGACAUCAGCAGAGAGAUGAUAUCUCAAAUAAGCAUAGGGUUUCUUAAGAAGGAAAGCAUUUUUGAAGAGGGUGUUCGGGUUCUUCCGCCAUUUUUCUUUAAAGAAGAAGAGGGGAUGGGACAAGAAGAGCACAUAUAUGUUGCAGCGCAGCACCCUUCUCUUACAACUAGAAAAACAAUAGAUCUUAUGUUUAAGCACAAGCUGUUCAUUGAAAAAAUACUGAAAGGUCUCUCUGAUGAGCUUAUGCUGUAUCUUAUGGAUAAGAUAGAGAAAGAACCGGCUGAUGUAAUACAGGAGGUAUAUGAGAUGUUAAAGGGCGCCGUUAAGCAGAAGUAUGGACUUCGAAUGCUCAGCCGUAUAUACACAACCACGACGUAUACAAAGUAUGACUUUCAAGAAAAGUUUGUGCUUAGUGGGGAUAUAGAGGAGAACUAUCUUAUAUAUCUUAUAGAAAAAGAAGCGGUAGAGGAAGACAGUGUAUAUAAAUACAUUAUAGCCGACGCAAACAAAAAUGCAACUGGGACGCAGAAUGUGCUUGAUGAGUGUCUUGAGCUGGAAGAGGUCAUGGAGAAUGCAGAGGUAAAACAGGCAAGUAAUGCAUAUCUAUUCGGGCAGGCACACUUAAAGUGGAAAAAGGUUCUUUUAUCUCUAAGAGAUGCAAAUUUAUCUGGGUUCCUACAGAAAAUACUUCAGACACAAACUGUCCUACCAGCUUUGGAAGAGAGUGGACUAAUUAUUGAUAAGUGUGCAUAUCUAACCGGUCUUAUAGGCAAAAUAGCUAAUGCAAUGAUCUUUUGGAAGAGCGUGCGAGAGAAGCAAGUGCCUGCAUUAAUACACAGACUCUCUGCCAGAAUACAGGAGGAAAGCAUGAAGUGCACUGAAGAAGAAAAAGAACUUGCCAAAAGCAUUGUUUUAAUAUACACAGAAACACUACUUGGAAAUGAAAUUCAUGCAGAUUUGGACAUAAAGCUUCCAUCUGUUGCACUAGACAGUCUUCCAAAUAAAAGCAGAGCUGUAUUAGCAUACCUUCUUCUGAGAAUACAAAGAAGCACGGGGCAUAAGGCACUAUCUCUGACAUUUAAGGAAGCACAGAAUCUUCACUGUAGAGUACUUUCUUUAUCAAUACAAAACAGCACGGCAUUAAACAGCAUAGAAGAAAUAGACUUCUCAUUUGUGUCCCAAGAAGACAUCCGGCACAUGCAGGCGCAUCUUGAAAAGUUCCCAGAAAAGGCCGCUGCGUGUAUUAGAAGCGACCGUGCAUGGACAACAGGUGCUGCUGCAUACCGCAGUGAGAUGUAUAAUCUUAUUUUAAAGAGCAUAGCAAAGCACUAUGCGAACUCUGUCCUCAAUGUUUACAGCAUGUCAAAGGUUGAAGAGGGUGCGAUUGAUGCAGAAAUAUUCUAUAUGCUUUUUGAUAUUCCUGCCAUCCAGGAUAUAAAAAACAUGAAUGCAUACGAGUGGAGGCUGUUUUUGGCAAUUUGCAGUGAGAUCCGGUCAAUUGAGCUGCUGUCUUUAAUAUCCACUAUGGUCCGUGCUGAGUGCAAAUGGCUUCCUUUCUUAAUAUCAAGUGAGGCAGAUGCUUUGGAUCUUCUUGGGCUGUUUGCUAAAAACUUCCCUGUUCUUCUUCGUAUAUUCUUUAAGAGCAGCCGAAAUGUUAGGCGAGUGCAAAGGUAUUUCAUUAGCCGAGUCACCCCAAAUCUCAUCAGAGAAGAAGCCAGUCGCCCGCUCCAGGGCGUUGAGAUCAAGGUUAAAACCAUUGCAGAGACACACAUUCUAGUUGUUUUGUAUACGAUAGAAGAGUCUGAAUUAGAGGUUAACAUCAACUUCCCCAAGGACUAUCCGCUCACUAUACCAGAAAUAAAAAUCAUCCGCUGUGUAGGGGUUAAGAAGCAGCGCCUACAAAGACUUCUUCUUAGAAUACAGAUGUUAAUGGCCGAGCACUGCAGAGUGGGAGAAGCAUUGGUGCUGUGGAAGCUGGCUCUUGACAAAACAAUUGAUGAAAUUGAGGAGUGCGGAAUUUGCUUCUUCAUGGUGGACGAAGUUUCCAAAAGCUUCCCAGACACAACUUGUGCAAAGUGCAGUAACCAGUUCCACGGUAUUUGUCUAAAGACUUGGUUAAAGAGAAGUAAAAAUCUCUGUCCUAUCUGUAGAGAAGAAAUCGCAUCUUAAAAUAAAUAUCAC